CUGCAGCCCGACUAGUCUUUCGAAGGUUUUGAGAAGGAAGGACGAUAGACUUAUUGGUCUGAAGUCUUUUGGGGUUGUGUGUGAGGGUUUCCCUGCUUUGGGGAUAAAGACUAUUUUAGCCUUUAGCCAAGCGCGGGGGAUUUUUCCCACUGUCAGUAUCUUCCUGAAGAUACUUUGCAGCCAGUUGAUGGCCAUGUCCCCGGCUUUUUGUAGCUGAGCCGGAAUGACUUGGUCCGGCUAGUAGGCUAUCUAGUAACAAAAAUAUUAACUAUCGAUAAACUAUCGUGGACCAGGGAUCGAUAGCUGGAUCGGGCCGGCGUUCGAUGGAAGUGGAGGAAGAGAGAGAGAGAUGGCUUUGAUAAGUAGAAAGCGAAAUAAAGAUAUACAUUUAAAGAAACAUGUGCAAAAAUAAAUCUUAAACUCCGUUAAAAUAUCUAAAAUAGUGCAGGGAGAGCCCUUCACAACUUCAGAAGUGGGAUAAAGGAGACGUGCCUAUAAUUCGAAGAAAUUUUUCGCCACUCAAGCAAAUACAUACAGAUAAUUUUUCUGUUUCUGGAACGUUCGGUACCGUUAGAUUUUGGCGUGGCGUCGCAGUUUCUGCAGAACAUGAACAGACACGCAGUUUUAGAGUGGCUGAUCGAAAAUAACAUUGAGUUCGAUCAGGCUGCAACAUUCAGACAGCUUCGGCAACUGGCAAUGGCAAAUGGCGUGGACUUAAUGGAAUUACCUGGUGAAGAAAACAAGAAUAUGGAAGUAAAAUCAGACGGUCCAGAAAUUUCGCCAGACGCACAAGCUAGGAGGCUGGAAGCCGAACGCCUUAUGAUAGAAGCAGAGAUAAGUUUGCUACAGAGGAAGCAAGCCCUGGAAGAACUGCGUAAGGGAAGCAAGGAGGUUAUGCAGAUUAUGGAACCGUAUGCAGGAAAAGUAAACAGCGCCCAUGCAUGGAUGGAAGAGUUUGAGCUGAACUGCAAGGGGACGGAUGCGUUUAAGAUCAGGUGCGUGCGGCAUUUAAUGAAGGCUGAAACGGACGCAGAAUUGUUUCUGAAAGUAAACAAGGCUACGUCGUAUGCUGCCUUUAAGAAAGAGUUCCUGGACACAUUCGGCCGGAUUUCCUCAAUAGUAGAGGUAAUAAACACUCUCAAAUCUACGCAAAUGCAAGAAAUGCAAUGCAACGUGCUCCGAUCGACGAAGAACAAGCCGUACAGUUCGUGAUCGACGAGCUAAAAGACGAUUCCGCGAAUAUUGCUAUAUUCUAUCCGGCCAAAACUAUUGGCGAACUUGUGAAGCUGUCGCACCGUUACGAAGAAAUGCGUAAAAAACGUUGGAGCGCAUCGCAGUCGGCAAAGAAGCUUAUGGGACACAAUAGCAUUCCGGCAAGCAGUGGAAUUACGGUACAUUGUUACAAUUGUUCGGGCACUGGACACAUCGCUAAGUCGUGUACACAGCCCAAGAGGAUGAAGGGCUCCUGUUUCCGUUGCGGCUCCAUGGACCAUGCUAACAAGAACUACUAGGUCCCACCACCCUCAGGAAAUAAAGCGGUGGAAUUGUCGGAUCGAUUCCGACAGAAAGGGACUAGCAAGGAGGUAGACGAUAACGAAGUGGCAGUAAUAAAUACGGUAAGAAUCUCUUGCGACACUAUAAAUACGUCAGAUAGGAUUUAUAAUCAGUAAACGUCUCUUUUUGAUACGGGCAGCGCAAUUAGUUUAAUACGUCAUUCCGCAUUACCACUUAAUUUAAGAGAAAACAGUUUAAAGGAAACGAACUUUAAGGGAUUGGGAAACUUUCGGUUAUGUACGUUUGGGAAGAUCUGGAUAUUUAUGUCAUUAUCCGGUAUUACGCACAGAAUAUUAUGUUACGUUGUUCCAGAUAUCUACAUCCUAUAUCCUAUCUACAUUUUAUGUGGAAAAGAUUUUUUUAAGAAGAUUUAACCUAAAAUUAAAAUUUUGUGAACCUAUUGAAACGCCAAACAUUGAACGAAAAGCAAAUAAAUAUAAUUUGGAAAUCUCUGAAAAAAUUCUGCACUCUGUAUUCAGUCCGGGGAAAUCUGAUAGGACUAUGUUAAGUUGUAAUCUGCAAACAUAAGUAUAUUUCUGCUUCCGAAAAUCAAAACAACAAGAUAGAAACGCAGGUUGAGCCCUCAGUUUCAGAUCAUUCAGCUUCGGUGUGUUUCGACCAUUCAGUUUCCGAACCUUUAAACUCCGACCAGUCAGAUUCCGAACCUUUAAAUUCCGACCAUUCAGAUUCCGAACCUUUAAAUUCCGACCAUGAGAAGCUAUGCCACAUGGGAGCUUUUAAGUGUAUAGCGGACAUAAGGAGGCACUAUUGGUUUCCGAGCAUGGAAUCCAAAGUGGAACGUUUUAUUAAAAAUUGUAUUAAAAAAUGUAUUAUGAAUUCAGUACCUAGACACGGGAAUAAUCGAACACUGCAUAAUAUUAAGAAAAAACCGAUUCCGUUCGACACAAUUCAUAUAGACCAUUUUGGGCCAUUGCCAGCCAAUCUUUCAAAGUAAAAAACACAUUAGUCAUAGUGGACGCGUUUACAAAGUACGUUAAGAUCUACAUAUUCCGUGAAUUCAACAAGCACGAAGGAAGUAAACUCCAGUUUGGGCAGACCAAGAAGAGUGAUUAGUGAUAGAGGAAGUUGGUUUACGUCGAUGGAAUUCAGCUCCUUCCUGGUAGAGAACAAUAUUGAACACGUUAAGGUAGCUACGGCAUCUCCGCAAGCAAACGGCCAGGUAGAGCGAAUAAAUAGAAUAAUUAAGGCGAUGCUAGCUAAAAUUUCAGAUCCCAUUCAUCAUUUCGAUUGGUAUAAAUUGUUAGGUAAGAUAGAAUACGCAGUAAAUAAUUCAGUGCAUUCAACAACGGGUCUGGCUCCCUCAGUUUUGUUUUACGGUGUCUAUCAAAGAGGACUCGAAGUCGAUUCACUUAGUGAAUUUUUGGAGGAUAAAUCGGAUUUGGCCCGGAAUCUGAAUGCAGUACGGAAGGCAUCAAGUGACAAGAUUCAGAAGAUGCAGAACAAAACAAAGGAGACAUUUAAGAAAAACCACAGAUCACAUAUAGUACAUAACAUUGGGGAUUUUGUGGUAGUGCGGAAUGUCGAUACUACAAUAGGUUCAAAAAAAGAAAUUCAUACCAAAAUUUAAAGGCCCAUAUAAUGUGAAAAAAGCGCUACCAAACGACCGAUAUGUAAUUACAGAUAUAGAAAACGGUCAAGUAAUACAAAUACCUUACGAAGGUAUAAUAGAGGCUAAUAGAUUAAGAAAAUGGGCAGACUGGCGAAAUGGUGUCAUAGUUGAUUCUGAAAAUAUACCGUAAUAAUAGAGAUAUCUUAAACAACUUGUAUAUACUAAACUAAGCAACCAAGAUGAUCGGGUCGAUCAAAAGGUCAGAAUGACCGAGCUGUUAAGUAGUUUAAGCUAUUGAGUAACUAAUGAUAACUAUCGAUUGUUAAGUAGAGUUAAGCAGUUUAAGCUAUUGAGUAACUAUUGUUAACUAUCGAGUGUGAAUUAAUUAAUAGGCUAUCGAGUAACAAAAAUAUAAACUAUCGAUAAACUAUCGUGAGCCAGCGAUCGAUAGCUGGAUCGGGCCGGCAUUCGAUGGAAGUGGAGGAAGAGAGAGAGAGAGAUUGCUUGGAGAAGUAGAACGAGAUAUAAGAAAUACAUUUAAAGAAACAUGUGCAAAAAUAAAUCUUAAACUCCGUUAAAAUAUCUAAAAUAGUGCUUGGAGAGCCCUUCACACAUCUAAGUUUAACAUAUUUAGCAAACAAGUAAACGGCAAUUGACUUGGCGUUGAAAAUAUUUUCCAUAAGAGUAUUCAGCGUACCCUGUGUGAAUAAACAUAGAGAGACACACACGAGACAACGAAACCAACUUGAAAACG